AAUUUAAUAUUUAUAUUUCAACAAAAUAUAAAACAAAAAAGAAUAUCAUCGAACAUAUUAAAGCAGCGACAGCGAGUUUCGUAUUUGAUUAUCGUUUUUAAGUGCCGUUCAACACCGUUUUAUGUUUUCUCGUAUGCGCUUCUGUUCAAUAUCCUUUUCUUUUCUUGCCAUUUUUUUUGCCCACCUCUCAUUCACACGCACACACAGACACAUAGAGCGAGACAUCGAGACAAGAGAUUUGUGAACAUUUUUAUGUGUAAUUCUUUGUAUAAUUUCGUGUUAUGUACAAUUUUGAAGCACACGAGCAAAAUCACCACAACACCUCUAGCAAAAGCACAUCCACAACACCUGAAGAAUUAGCAAUCAAACAACAAACAAACUGAAAAAACGCAAAAACAGCAUCGAAACCCUUUCCACCACAACAGCUAGAAAAAUGGCCAAAAUGUACGGAAAGGGUAAGACGGCCAUCGAGUCGGAGGAACAACAAAAACGACGCUGGCAAAUCGAAUUGGAGUUUGUUCAGUGCCUCUCCAAUCCCAACUAUCUCAACUUUCUGGCGCAACGCGGCUAUUUUAAGGACCCUUCGUUCAUCAACUACCUCAAGUAUCUGCAGUACUGGAAGGAGCCCGACUAUGCCAAGUAUUUGAUGUACCCGAUGUGCCUAUAUUUCCUUGAUCUGCUGCAAUACGAGCAUUUUCGCCGCGAGAUCGUCAACAAUCAGUGCUGCAAGUUCAUCGAUGAUCAGGCCAUUCUACAGUGGCAACAUUACACACGCAAGCGCAUAAAACUGAUCAAUUCGGUGCAAGAGAAUGCAGCGGCCGCCGCAGCAGCAGCUGCAGCUGCCCAGCAGCAACCACAACAGCAGCAGCAGCAACAACAACAGCAGCAACAAAGCAAUGGUGGCCCUAAUGAGGCAGCGACAGUGACUGGCACCGAGGCAACAAAUCCUCAACAACAGGCAACGCUACAGAAUGGCGAUAGCAACUCUACAACGCAAGCCACACAACAAGCACAACAGCAACAACAACAGCAGCAACAACAACAAUUGGCUCAGCCGACACAAACGCAGACGCAGCUUCAGUUGCCAGUUACUGUCUCGCAACAGCAACAGCAGCAACAACAACAACAGCAGCAGCAGCAACAAAUCAAUGGCCUUGCCCCAAGUGGAGCCAUUAAAUUAGAAUUAAAUUAG